AUGCUCGGCUCCCUCGCCUCCAUGCAACCGCGCCAACUCGCCGCUCAAGUCCUCAACUUCGCCCUCGUCCUCUCAACCGCCUUCAUGCUCUGGAAGGGCCUCUCAGUCUUCACCAACUCCUCCUCGCCCAUCGUCGUAGUCCUCUCCGGCAGCAUGGAGCCAGCCUUCCAACGGGGGGAUUUGCUGUUUUUGUGGAAUAGAGGGGUCGAGACGCAGGUGGGCGAGGUUGUGGUGUAUAAUGUGCGUGGGAAGGAUAUUCCGAUUGUGCAUAGGGUUAUUAGACGGUUUGGGGGAGGGGCUGCGCCGCUGCAACUUCUCACGAAGGGAGAUAACAAUGCCGCUGAUGACACGGAGCUUUAUGCGCGUGGGCAGAAUUACCUGGACAGGAGCAAGGAUAUUGUGGGGAGUGUGAUCGGAUAUGUCCCUUUCGUGGGAUACGUGACAAUUCUGCUGAGCGAAUACCCUUGGUUGAAGACGGCGAUGAUGGUCUUCAUGGCGCUUACGGUGGUGUUGCAGCGGGAAUAG